CGGCCGCGCCAGUGGAGACCGAGGCUGAGCCUGAGUCAGCCCUGCGCGCAGCUUUGCUCGCCCCCCAGGAGCAGACCCCACGCGCCCUUAGGCUGUCCCCGGGGUCGAGUUGAGCCCCCCACGGGUGCCCUUUUAUCUCCUUGGGUGACUACAGCGUGUGUUUUGUUUUUCUUCCUUCUUCCCCUGCCCGUGUGCCCUUCUCCAGGAUGGCAGAGGCGGAAUUGCACAAGGAGAGGCUGCAAGCCAUAGCAGAAAAAAGAAAGAGGCAGACGGAAAUAGAAGGGAAGAGACGGCAGCUUGACGAGCAGGUCCUGCUGCUCCAGCAUUCUAAGUCCAAAGUGCUUCGGGAAAAAUGGCUGCUGCAGGGUGUACCGGCGGGAACAGCAGAGGAGGAGGAAGCCAGGCGCCGGCAGUCUGAGGAGGAUGAAUUCAAAGUCAAGCAACUUGAAGAUAACAUUCAGAGGCUGGAGCAGGAAAUACAAGCGCUCGAAAGUGAAGAGUCCCAGAUAUCCGCCAAAGAGCAGAUCAUCCUCGAGAAACUGAAGGAGACAGAGAAAUCCUUCAAGGACUUGCAGAAGAGUUUCUCCACUGCUGAUGGAGCUAUAUACGCCAUGGAAAUUAAUGUGGAGAAAGACAAACAAACAGGAGAGACCAAGAUUCUCUCUGCAUCCACCAUUGGUCCAGAGGGGGUCCAUCAGAGAGGAGUCAAAGUCUAUGAUGAUGGUACCAAAGUAGUGUAUGAGGUGCACUCAGGAGGCACCGUGGUAGAAAACGGAGUCCACAAAUUAAGCGCAAAGGAUGUGGAAGAGCUAAUUCAGAAGGCUGGACAAUCGAGCUUCAGAGGACACAUGUCAGAAAGGACUGUUGUUGCAGAUGGGAGCCUGGGACAUCCUAAGGAACAUAUGCUCUGCAAAGAGGCCAAGUUAGAAAUGGUGCAAAAGUCCAGGAAAGAUCAGUCUUCGGGAAACCCCGGGCAGCAGGCCCAGCCCCCCAGCACAGAAGGGCCAGAGGCAAACCUGGAUCAACCAGUCACCAUGAUUUUUAUGGGCUACCAAAACAUUGAGGAUGAAGAGGAGACUAAAAAGGUGCUAGGCUAUGACGAAACCAUCAAGGCCGAAUUAGUCCUGAUUGAUGAAGACGAUGAAAAGUCGCUAAGAGAGAAGACAGUGACCGAUGUGUCCACGAUCGAUGGGAACGCAGCUGAGCUGGUGUCCGGCAGGCCCAUGUCAGAUACCACAGAACCCUCAUCCCCAGAAGGCAAGGAAGAGAGCCUGGCCACAGACCCCGCCCCAGGUACCCAAAAGAAAAAGCGCUGUCAAUGCUGUGUUGUCAUGUGACCACUUCUUUCUCCUCCCCUUUCUUCCGGGCAGCCUUUCUACUCUCCACCUCUUAAACAGACCUCACUCUACCACUAACUGCGAUACUGUGAACUGGAAGCAAACACCUGCCUUGCCUCGCAGUUGGAUUUGCUUUGAUCUCUCGCUCACAUCUUUCCUUCUCCUCACUUGGGAAACAACGUGCAUGUGUGUGCUUCAUUUUUCCCCCCAAGAACUUACUUUUUCCUCUAAACCUUUCUUUGUGUCUUCAAGAGUUGAAUCAGUGCGGUACGACUUGCUUGGAGUGGACUCUUCAUAGCAGCUGGUUAUCUUGUAGCCUUAAUUGACUUGACUGGAUUCCAACCCAUUGGCACUGGGGGUUUUCAUUUUGGUGUGUGUUCCUCUAACCUAGACACAUAUACACACAAACACACACACAAACACACACACUGCCAUGGCCCUGGCUUCUUACCUGCCUCCUUUGCUGUGUGGAUCUUUGUUUUCAUAUCUUGUGUAGCAAAAUGCUGUGGGCUGUAGCUGGCUGCUAGCGUAGCCAAAAGUGGACCUACCUUAAUCUGGCUGUUCUAGGAUGAUGCUUUUCCUUUGCUGCCUUAUGUAAGCUUCCAGAUUACAGUAUUGUGCUUUCCCUCUGUUAAAACCACAAUGAAGCUGACUCAAGAGCAAAGAACCCAGCGCCUGUCCCAGCGGAAGUGUAGGGACUGACUCACCAGUCGUGGUCAGCAGCUCUCUCUUUCUAUGGCUUACGCAAUGAGCCCUGUAUACGGGAUUUUCUAAGGACCUCAGGCCACCAUUGCGCUCCGUGCCCACGUGCUCACCAGUCCAUAAGCCUUGUUUCCAUGCUCCCCCAAAACACAAAGUUUCAUAUUGUUUUCUUUUUCAUGUAUAUUUUCUGAUAGAACUCAUCUAUUUUCAAAGAGGGGAUCAUUUUGAGAAGUCUCUUUGCAGUGACCAUAUUCCUUAAAACAGUCUUUCUGACAUAGGGGAGGCUGUCAUAAUACCCCUCACUGUAUCAAGGAUGGUGCUGUAUGCAUUAACUGUCCAUCUCCUGUGCCCAGUUGAUCAUUAGUCUUACAUCUGUGCUUUUUUUUUAAUUAUUAUUUAAUGUCCCCAUGGGUAAGAGAAUGUUUCAUGUAACCUCAAAAUAUAGGUCUCUUCACUCAAAAAAA